AUGGGUGAAAUAAAACAAGAAGAUGUUGAAAAAUACCUGGAAAUCAACCCAAAGUUUGCAAAGGAAUAUUUUGACCGAAAGUUGAAGAGUGAGACUAUUGGGGCUUUGUUUAAUAACAAACACGUGGCUAUAAAAGAUGGAAUGUCAUAUAAAGAUAUAACGAAACUGGAAGAAGCUGAUAUUUUGUUAGAAUUGGUGAUGGAGAUAGAGAAAGAAAAUAAUAUGGAACAAACCAUACACAAAGUGCUCCAGAGGUUGUCUUGUCUCCUGCAAGCAGACUGCUGUAGCAUGUUUCUUUAUAGGUCUCGAAACGGCAUUGCUGAAUUGGCUACAAGACUUUUUAAUGUCACCAAAAACUCAAAAUUUGAGGAAAACUUGGUUGCCCCCGAAAGUGAAAUUGUUUUUCCUUUAGACAUUGGGAUUGUGGGAUGGGUUGCUCAUACAAAGAAGACUUUUAAUAUACCGGAUGUAAGAAAGAAUCAACAUUUUUCUAACUUUGCAGACAAGCAAACUGGAUAUACUACAAACAAUUUAUUAGCAUUCCCAAUUUUACAGGGAAAGGAGGUUCUUGCAGUCAUAAUGGCUGUUAAUAAACAGAAUGCACCUGCAUUUUCUAAAGAGGAUGAAGAGGUUUUUACCAAAUAUCUGAACUUUAUAUCCAUUGUUCUUAAACAUCACCAUAUCACGUAUCUACACAGUAUUGAGUCAAGAAAAAGCCAGGUCCUUCUUUGGACAGCCAACAAAGUAUUUGAGGAACUAACAGAUAUUGAACGACAGUUUCACAAAGCUCUCUACACAGUCCGAGUGUAUCUAAACUGUGAGAGAUACUCAGUAGCUUUGUUGGACAUGACCAAGGAGAAGGAAUUCUAUGAAGAAUGGCCAAUCAAGCUGGGAGAAGUACCCCCUUACAAAGGACCAAAAACACCAGAUGGAAGGGAAGUUAAUUUUUACAAGAUUAUUGAUUAUAUUUUGCAUGGAAAAGAAGAAAUCAAAGUUAUCCCCUCACCUCCUGAAGAUCACUGGAGUCUUGUGAGUGGGUUACCUACUUACGUUGCAGAAAAUGGAUUUAUUUGUAAUAUGAUGAAUGCGCCAGCCGACGACUUCUUCAAAUUUCAGAAAGAAGCAGUGGAUGAAACCGGAUGGAAGGUUAAAAAUGUCCUUUCUCUGCCAAUUGUAAAUAAAAAAGAAGAGAUUGUGGGAGUGGCUACAUUUUACAACAGAAACGAUGAAAAGCCUUUUGAUGAAUAUGAUGAACAGAUAACGGAAGCACUCACUCAAAUUCUUGGAUGGUCUGUUCUCAACACUGAUACCUAUGAAAAAAUGAACAAACUUGAACACAGAAAAGACAUUGCACAAGAAAUGCUGAUGUAUCAACUAAAAUGUAAUCCUGUUGAACUGCAAAGCAUUUUGAAAACUAAAGAAAAGUUGAACAAAGAUGUUGAAGAAUGUGAGGAGAAUCAGCUUAUAAAGAUUUUGAAAGAGGAACUGCCAGAUCCCACGGUAUUCGAAUUGUAUGAAUUCCACUUUAAUGACCUGCCUGUGACAGAACACGAACUUAUCAGAAGUGGAAUAAAAAUGUUUUUUGAACUCAAUGUGGUUGAGAAGUUUAAAGUGCCAGCAGAGGUCCUAACAAGAUGGAUGUAUACGGUGAGAAAAGGAUAUCGUAACAUUACAUAUCACAACUGGAGACAUGGAUUUAAUGUGGGACAAACAAUGUUUUCUUUGCUAAUGACAGGUAAAUUAAAAAGAUAUUACUCAGAUUUGGAGGCGUUUGCAAUGGUUGCUGCAGCAUUUUGCCACGAUAUUGAUCAUAGGGGAACCAACAAUUUGUACCAAAUGAAAUCCCAGGCAUCACUAGCAAAACUUCACGGAUCUUCCAUUCUUGAAAGACACCAUUUAGAAUUUAGUAAAACUUUACUGGAAGAUGAGAGUUUAAACAUUUUUCAGAAUUUGAAUAAGCGUCAAUUUGAAAAUGUGAUCCAUUUGUUUGAAGUUGCAAUUAUAGCAACUGACUUGGCUUUGUAUUUCAAGAAAAGAACUAUGUUUCAGAAGAUUGUUGAUGCUGCGGAGCAAAUGCAAUCAGAAGAUGAAAUUAUAAAGUAUAUUAUCACUGACCCCACCAAAAAGGAGAUAAUUAUGGCAAUGAUGAUGACUGGAUGUGACUUGUCAGCAAUAACAAAACCAUGGGAGGUGCAGAGUAAGGUUGCCCUCAUGGUAGCAAACGAGUUCUGGGAACAAGGAGAUUUAGAGAGAACGGUGCUUGAGCAACAACCUAUUCCUAUGAUGGAUAGAAACAAGGCAGAGGAGUUACCCAAGCUCCAAGUUGGUUUCAUUGAUUUUGUAUGCACAUUUGUUUACAAGGAAUUUUCCCGAUUUCAUAAAGAAAUUACACCCAUGUUUGAUGGACUUCAGAAUAACCGGGUUCAAUGGAAAUCCCAAGCUGAUGUAUACGAUGAAAAGAUGAAAGCUUUAGAAGAGUUAAAGAAAAAAGAAGAAAAUAAUAUUGAACCACAGAAAGAUUCAAACGAAAUUAGCUCAGAUAUCAAGUCACACCAGAAAGCACUGCAACAAUAG